CGUCAUUUCACAGACCUCGAGCCACCAUCGUCUUCCGUGUUCAACAGCAAUCACAGUGAACACAUGACUUAAAGCGCUCAAAUCCCCCAAAAACAAGAACAAAAUUAAAUUAAAUUUAAAAAAAAAACAACAGCUAUCACUACCACCAAUCACUCUUCCAUGCUGCACAAUUUUUUGCUCCUCUCAUGAAAAAAAGCCAACCCAUUUAGACAAAUUCUCUUCUUUUUCUGCAGUUCCAAUCUUUCAACAGAAAACAGCCUCUCUUCAUUCCAAUUUCUUUACUCCUUUUUCCCCCAAUUCUCUCUGUCGCUCAACCUCACUGUUGCUGCCCCUUUUCCACCUUGAUCCAACUAGAAAUAAUUCCAUUUUUCUAUGCCGCAGAGGUAAAUUCUUGCAUGUUUUUGGGUAUUCACUCACAGACCCUCCCAAUUUCUGCUGCAAAUAGUGUAAUGCUUCUUUUGAUUCUCUGCCGCCUCUACGGUUGCUAUAAUAUCCUUUGAGCUGUGGCAUCAACAAAAUCGGCUCUUGUGCUUUUUAUUUGAAUGUAAUGCGAAGAGAGAUGGCGGCAGUGUGCUGAUUUGAGUGAGCUGAUCUAGUUAAGAGAGGUACUACUGAUGAUACAUGGUGGUUUAAUAAUAUGGAAAGGAUACCUGAGUUGCAUUCAGUUCCCAGGCUCUUGCCUGUUGCUAACAAAUCCCGGAGCACCCUCCCAACUUUAUUGAAAGAAGAGAUUCGGAAACCAUCCAGCUUGCGCGACCCUCGAGAGUUGGAUUCCCGUGUUCCUGCACAAGCAUGGAAAGGGAAAAGCUUUCUACAGGAGGAGGAUGAUGAUGAGGAGCUGAUGCCUGAUGUUCUUUCCUUCACAGUCGGUGACGAUUCAUUUGAAGAACCUGGCUCGACGUCAUUUCAUGGAGUGAGUCAUCCCCCAGAACCGGUGGAUAUGGACAUGAUGAGGCCUGUGUAUAUGCCAAUCGGCCGAAACAACAAUGAUGGAAAGGGUUUGGCCAAAAGCUAUUCUAAGAAAGGCCCUUUUCUGGAAGAUCUCUCGCUCCGUGUACCACCGAGCAUCAAACAGUGCCCUCCGUUACUGUCACCAGCUGAGAGCUUGGUUGAAGAGCAUAAUGACCUAGCAGCCAUCUCAUCCCCAUUUGCUACUUCUCGCCCCUCGCAAAACACUGAAGCGAGUCCAAUCCCAGAAUCUGAGGAAAAGGAGUGCAUUUGGGAUGCUUCAUUACCUCCGAGCGGGAAUGUGAGUCCACUUAGCAGCAUUGACAGUGUUGGCGUUACUAGGGCAAUGAGCAUUGCGAAUAGCUGUGCCAGCACAUAUCGGAGUGAUGGGAUAGUGAGUGAUGGCAUGAUCAGUGUCGACAGAAACUAUGAAAGUACAAAAGGGAGCAUCCCCGGGGAUUCUCUUGAGAGUACGAAAACCAGCCUCAGCCGAGCUAGUGAUAGCAGUGGCCUUAGUGAUGACAGCAACUGGAGUAACAUCACUGGCAGUGCGAACAAGCCUCAUAAAGGAAAUGAUCCCCGAUGGAAGGCUAUACUUCAUGUUCGAUCACGGGAUGGCAUCUUGGGCAUGAAUCAUUUCAAGUUACUGAGACGACUUGGUUGUGGGGAUAUUGGGAGUGUGUAUCUCUCCGAGUUGAGCUCAACUAGGUGUUUCUUUGCAAUGAAGGUGAUGGAUAAGGCAUCUCUUGCUAGCAGGAACAAGUUGAAUCGGGCACAGACUGAAAGAGAGAUAUUGCAGCUGCUAGACCAUCCAUUCUUACCAACGCUGUACACUCAUUUUGAGACUGACAGAUUUUGUUGCUUGGUCAUGGAGUAUUGUCCUGGAGGAGACCUGCAUACACUGAGGCAGCGACAACCGGGAAAGCAUUUUUCUGAAUAUGCUACUAGGUUUUACGCAGCGGAAGUUCUAUUGGCUUUAGAAUACCUUCACAUGCUGGGAGUCGUAUACAGGGACAUGAAACCAGAAAACGUCCUAGUUCGUGAUGACGGCCACAUUAUGCUCUCGGAUUUCGACCUCUCCCUCAGAUGCACUGUUUCCCCGACCCUAAUUAGAAAUUCUGCUUUGAAUUCAGAACGAGGAUCCGGAUUCUGUGUGCAGCCAGCGUGCAUUGAGCCAACAUCCGCCUGCAUUCAACCAACAUGCUUCCUUCCUCGACUCUUCCCUCAAAAAAGUAAGAAAAAGUCCGGAAAGUCCAGAACAGAAGCUGGGAUGCUAUCCGGUGGCACCCUACCUGAGCUAGUUGCCGAACCUACCGCAGCACGCUCCAUGUCAUUCGUUGGUACCCACGAAUACUUAGCUCCUGAAAUAAUCAAAGGCGAAGGUCAUGGCAGUGCAGUGGAUUGGUGGACAUUCGGCAUCUUCUUAUACGAACUACUCUAUGGCAAAACCCCGUUCAAGGGGUCAGGAAACCGCGCAACACUCUUCAAUGUAGUGGGACAGCAGCUGAAGUUUCCAGACUCGCCUGCAACGAGCUAUGCCAGCCGGGACCUAAUCCGUGGACUACUUGUUAAGGAGCCACAAAACCGGCUAGGGGUGAAAAGAGGAGCUACUGAAAUAAAGCAGCAUGCGUUCUUCGAAGGCGUGAACUGGGCUCUGAUACGGUGCAGCACGCCACCAGAGGUGCCGAGGCCUGUUGAGGCGGCCGAGUUUCCUUCGAAGUUUGGGCAAGUGGAGCUGGCUAGCAGCGUGGGCAGUGGGAGCAAGAGAGUUGUAGGAACAGACAUGAAAUCUGGUGGUAAAUUUCUGGAUUUCGAGUUCUUUUAGCUUAGGUUAGGGAGGGCAUAUAUAUGAGUUGUUUUAUGUAUUUUGUGAGUACUAUUAGUUGUAGUUGCUGUGAUGCUUGAGCUUUUGUUUUGAUGCAAUUCGACCAUCACUAGAAAUUGGAUCAAGAAUCUCAGCAUGUAAUGUACUACAAUCACUCUGUUACCUAUUUAAAUCCAUUUUGGAUUCUUUUUAGUACAACUCAAAUUUAUUUCUUC